UCCUCCGCACGCCACAGCAAAGAGAUAAAAGGGAAAACUCACUCAAACACAUUUAUUCAACGUCCACGGGCAGCAAAGUAAUUGUAAUCCUCGCGGCUCAAUAUUCAUUCUUGCAAGGAACUUUCCUGUUUCUCCGCUUAUAUUACUCUCCCUGGGAAACAUUUUCGAUUACGACUCCCCUCUCUUCUGAUCAACGGUUUCGGUCUCCCCAUAAUCGUAAUUUGUAAGUAACGAACAUUUCCAAUUCUAGAUUCCAGUUUCUGUUCGUUUCAGUUCUUCUAGCUGAUCUAAGUGUAUAUUUCAUUAUUCUAAAGAGUCCGUAUAUACGCGUAUAUAGAAAUACACAAUAUAUAAGUUCGAAGCAGCUAAAAUGAUCAACACUGGCAGUUGUAUUGGAAUCUCCACCAUGAGGCCCUCUUGUAGACUCUUGAUUAGCGCAGAAACCUCUUCGAUUUUCGGAUUUUCUCCUGCAGGGAUUAACAAGUGUUCAGUCAUUUAUAAUUUGUCCAAAUCACGAUCUGGAACUAGUAGUAUUAGCAGAUUCUUCUGUUGUCAUGUGAAUAGGUUUGUGAUUGGUUCGGAUCGGAGAGCUUUUUGUGUUUCCGAUUCAAAUUGCGGUCAAUCUAGGGUUUUUUCAACUAGUUUUGAUCGACUCAGUAGGGAUGUUAGGAGGAUGACCGGUGGUAAUAGUAGUAGGGGUAUUUUAGUUGUCCCCAGUGCCACCUCCGAUAUUAGGAAUCAUUCAACGUCAGUUGACUCCCAUGUAAAUGAAAAGGCUUUUGAGAGGAUUUACAUUCAAGGUAGAUUGAAUGUGAAUCCUCUAGUGAUUGAAAAGGUUGAAACAGGUCAUGAUACACUGAAAGAAGAGUUAGAAAAAGAUGAUUCUAGUGUAGAUACUGAUAAUUUCAAAAGUCUCGAUCAAAGUUCCACUGAGGUUCAGAGAGUGGUUUCUGAAAUUGAAAAGGGGGCCUGGAAGCUGCUUCAAGAUUCGGUUGUGAGCUAUUGCGGGAAUCCAGUGGGCACUGUUGCAGCUAAUGAUCUGGCGGAUAAGCAGCCUUUGAAUUAUGAUCAAGUAUUUAUUCGUGAUUUUGUCCCGUCAGGUCUUGCAUUUCUUCUUAAUGGAGAUGGGGAAAUUGUUAGGAAUUUCCUUCUUCACACAUUGCAGUUACAGAGUUGGGAGAAGACUGUGGACUGUUAUAGUCCUGGGCAGGGAUUGAUGCCAGCAAGUUUUAAAGUUAGAAUGGUACCUCUUGAUGGAAGCAAUGGAUCAUUUGAAGAGGUACUGGAUCCUGAUUUUGGAGAAUCUGCAAUUGGCCGUGUUGCCCCUGUUGAUUCAGGAUUGUGGUGGAUUAUUUUGUUGAGAGCGUAUGGGAAGAUCACAGGCGACUAUGCAUUACAAGAGAGGGUUGAUGUCCAAACGGGCAUUAGACUCAUCCUUAAUUUGUGUUUAACUGAUGGGUUUGACAUGUUUCCAUCUCUAUUAGUGACUGAUGGUUCCUGCAUGAUUGAUAGACGGAUGGGCAUACAUGGACACCCUCUUGAAAUUCAAGCAUUGUUCUAUUCGGCUUUACGAUGUGCCCGUGAAAUGCUCAUAGUCAAUGAUGGAACGAACAACUUGGUAGCCGCAGUUAAUAAUCGGCUCAGUGCACUCUCGUUUCAUAUCAGAGAGUACUAUUGGGUGGAUAUGAAGAAGAUCAAUGAGAUUUAUCGUUACAAGACUGAAGAAUACUCUACAGAAGCUAUAAACAAGUUCAAUAUUUAUCCAGACCAAAUCCCUUCGUGGUUGGUAGAUUGGAUUCCUGAGGAAGGUGGCUAUCUCAUUGGCAAUCUACAACCUGCUCAUAUGGAUUUUAGGUUCUUCACCCUUGGGAAUCUUUGGUCAAUUGUUUCAUCUCUAGGUACCCAGAAACAGAAUGAGGGUAUUCUAAGUUUGAUUGAAGCCAAAUGGGAUGAUCUUGUGGCUCAUAUGCCUCUUAAGAUAUGUUAUCCUGCCUUAGAAUCAGAAGAAUGGCGUAUAAUCACAGGCAGUGAUCCUAAGAAUACCCCAUGGUCAUAUCACAAUGGGGGAUCAUGGCCAACACUCCUAUGGCAGUUCACCUUGGCUUGUAUCAAGAUGCGAAAACCAGAAUUAGCACAAAAGGCAGUUGCUUUAGCAGAGGAGAGGCUAUCAGUGGAUCAAUGGCCUGAAUACUACGACACAAGAAGUGGGAGGUUUUUAGGCAAGCAAUCACGACUUCACCAGACAUGGACUAUCGCUGGUUACCUGACCUCAAAGAUGCUUCUGAAGAACCCAGAGAAGGCAUAUUUGUUGUUCUGGGAGGAAGAUUAUGAACUUCUCGAGAUUUGUGUUUGUGGGCUUAGCAAGUCUGGUCGAAGGAAAUGUUCACGUUUUGCUGUGAGAUCUCAAAUCCGUGUUUGAGGUCUCUGAACUCUCAACGUGAUUUGUCCGUAACUUUGUUGAUCUAUGUUGUGAACGUGUAACGUGGAACAUUGCUGGAAGUCAGAGGGCUGGCUGUGUUUUUGGAGGGCCCCUGAAAAGGCAUAAACAUGUAUACAAUUUCCGUACGGUGAUCAAUUUGGAUGUUUGAGAUUAUACAGACCAUGUCGGUUAUUAUUAGCUUUCUAUGUGGUGGUGUUGAUCAUGCAAGUAAAAUUUGUUGUGCGUGGAUUUUCAAUGUUGUAA